CCUCCUGCAAAACACGCGUCAACAUCACUCACUGAUGGCAGCUGCGAACAUCCGACGCAACAGUGGAGAACUGAUCAACAGCACGCAGAAUGCCAGUCCUGCACGCCGAGUGCGGCGGAGAUGCAGAAUGCAGAAGGUGCGACGUUUGGAUAACAUCUCGGGCUGCCGCCUGCGCUGCUACCAUCCGCACAGAGGCCCGUGUCGAUUGCAAUAGCCUCAGCAAGAAAGGAAAAUACGUGCCUACUGGUUGCAACAGCACAACAUUGACCCUCUGCUUCGGGCGGCGGCGGCGGCGGAGGGGGCCCAGCGGGGCCGCCUUCCGGGGCGCUGGGCCCCCCCCCACCGCGGGGCCGCCGCGGCUCUACGCGCCGCCGCGGGGCGGCUGGCGCUGGCUGUGCAUUAGCGGCUGGCUGCCCUCGUCUCCUGGCUCCCUUCGCGGGGCGCCCGGGCGAGGCCCUCCCCGGCGGGCCCGCGCGGCGCGCGCGCCCCCGCAGCGCCG